AUGGCCCACUCCGCGCGUCCCGAACACAAGAUCAACCUUGACAACCUGCCCCAAGUCAACUUCCAAUCCCGCUCAGCUUCCUCCACAACCGCCAACUCACCCAACGAGCCUCCCUCAGGCUCGGGAUUGAGAUACCCGCUAGGCAAUAGCUUGGCCUCUGCUGGUGCCAUUGGUUUGAUCAAUAGGUCCGGAGCUGGCUCCCCCUCGAAGGAAUAUGGUAGUCGGUUGUUCAGCAAAAGAGCUCGAGAAAUUCAGGCUCAAGAAGGCGUGAGCCCACAGAUAUGGGGCCCACCAACUUCAGGCAAGAGCCCAAGCAGCGACAGUUUCCCAGACUUUGACCAGUCCGCUACCGACCUUUCCGAAGCACCUGCUACCGGUCGCCGCAUGCGAGCGGGUACCGUGCCGUCGCGAUUUCCUCCUCCGUCAUUGUUACCAAAGACUUCCCGUCCGACGCCUUCUACCAGCCCUCUUCAGGCCAGCAUCGGUACACCUCCAGAGUCGAGCACAGCCACAGCCUCCGCCAUCAACCCUUCUCAGAAAUCGCUGCUUUCUCGCCUGAGAGCGGGUUCUAUGCCUCAGCGCCCCGCGCUUCUCAACAACACGCCUGGAGGCUUUGGACCGCCGUACUUUUCCAAUGGGUGGACUUCCGGCCGAGAAAGAGCAUCCACACUGCAGAGCAUCCGCUCCUCCGACGGUCCCUCGUCUCCUGCACAUUCCUCGCGUGACUCUUUUAACGACAAUGAUGUCAAGACUUUGGACUACCUUGGUCUUGUUGAUGCCCCUCAGUCUGGUAGACCGCAUCAUCCUAACAUGAUCGGUACUGCUCAACCAGGCAUUCCAGGCCCGACCAUUGCUGACCUCGCCGCUCUGAACGCUUACAACAGAAACGUGAAUCGCUUCAGAUCCUAUUCGGUCAAUGCCAAGGAAAAGUAUGCUGAUGACGAGGAGGAUGAUUACGAUGCUUAUGGAAGCAUCUACGGCGUCCCAUCUAGUGCAGAUAUCACUGCCGCUCAAGCUCUCGCUGUCCAGGAGGCUGUCCGUCAGCACAAUCUCGAGGUCCAAGCUUUCACCAACCUAGCCAGCGCUAGCAGACCUCGUGCGAGGACCGCAGGUGUGCUCGACUCUCCUUCUUCCAGACUUCUCCGCAACUACAUCCCUACCCCUUCACGUCUGGACAACAGCAUCUCCGCAUCCGACUUCCAAGAGCAAGAGGGCCUCGACUAUAGUGGACUUACCGAUGCUGUGCAGCAGAUGCAUCUGGAUCAAAAGCCAAUGCUCGAUGUCUCUGACGAUAACCUCCUAGAGAACCCAACACGUGCUCUCUGGCUCGGCAAUAUUCCACCUUCGACCACUGUUUCUUCAUUGAAUGUCAUUUUCGGCAACUUCGGACCUAUCGAAUCUACCAGAGUUCUCACCCAUAAAAGUUGUGGCUUUGUAAACUUUGAGAACCUAGAAAGUGCUGUCCAGGCUAAAUCUCAGCUUAACAACAAGGAGAUCUUCCCUGGAGCUGGUCCUAUUCGCAUUGGCUACGCAAAAGUUCCAAGCAACACAGUCACUCCUGGCGCGCCCGGCUCCUUCCACUCCCCCAGUCCUGAUCCUUUCGCACGCGACAGCCAGAUCGGCAAUGCAAGCGACUCAGCUGGUCUCAAGCCCAUAAACAUCAAUGCAGAGACUGCAGCUGCCGCCUUGCUCACUCCAAAUCUACGCGAUAUGCGCAGCGAAAUCUAUGGCAUUAUUCAGGAACUAGGUGCCAACAAGGAGGAACAGGUCAGAAUCAACGCCAAUGUCGAGCAAGCUAUUAGCUACGAUUUGUAUCAUCCUGAGAUUCCUGGCGUCCCAGAGCCUAGCCCGAAUCGUGUUCACGAUGCUCCUCGCUUGCGUGAAAUCAGGAAGCGCAUCGACAACAACAGCUGCUCGCCUGCUGAGAUUGAAAACAUUGCCAUGGACAUGCUUCCUGAGAUUGCCGAGCUUGCUUCCGACUAUCUUGGUAACACGGUCGUUCAGAAGUUGUUCGAAUACUGCUCAGAGCCUGUGAAAGAGGCCAUGCUGCGUGAAAUCGCUCCUCAUCUUGCCGAGAUUGGUGUUCACAAGAACGGCACUUGGGCUGCUCAGAAGAUCAUCGAUGUGGCCAAGACCCCCGCCCAGAUCAACAUGAUUGUCGAUGCAUUGCGCCCAUACACACUGGCAUUGUUCCUGGACCAAUAUGGUAACUACGUUAUCCAGUGCUGCUUGCGUUUCCAGGCCCCACACAAUGACUUUAUCUUCGACGCCAUGCUCCAAAGGCUGUGGGAGGUUGCUCAGGGCAGAUUUGGUGCUCGCGCUAUGAGAGCUUGUCUCGAAAGCCAUUUUGCUUCUCGAGACCAACAAAGAAUGCUGGCAUCUGCUAUUGCUCUUCACAGCGUCCAGCUUGCCACCAACACCAACGGAGCUUUGUUGUUGACUUGGUUCUUGGACACUUGCACUUUCCCUCGCCGUCGAUCUGUGCUUGCUCCACGACUGAUUCCCCACUUGGUCCAUCUGUGUACGCACAAGGUUGCAUACCUCACCGUGCUCAAGAUCAUUAACCAAAGAAGCGAAGCGGACGCCCGCGAAGCAGUUCUUCGUGCUUUGUUCUUCUCGCCUAACGACAGUGUGUUGCAAGACGUACUCAGUGAUUCAGCUUGCGGCGCAACAUUCAUCUUCAAGGUACUCACGACACCCUUCCUUGACGAGAAGAUGCGUCCAGAGGUUCUGGAAAACGUUCGUAACGUGUUGCUCCGCCUCAAGGCACAGCCCCAGCAGGGCUACAAACGUUUGAUGGACGAGGUCGGCUUGUCGACCCGUCAUGGAGGAGCAUCGGCCAGCCGUGAUGCUAGCCAAACUCGAUCCUCCUCUAGAGGUCCCGGUGCAAAUGGCCACAUGGCUCAUCUCGAGAACCAAAAUGUUUAUGGCCGUCAAGCGUACGGAAACAUGACGCCUCAGCAGCCGCUCGAGCACAUGAUGGGACCUACGCUUCAAAGAACCGCCAGUAUAGACUCCAACGCCUUUGAUCCUUAUGGAAACUCAGGGCUCAUGACUCCAGCCUAUACCCAUAGUCCGGCGAUGUCAAAUAUUUCACCGGUUACGCCUCAGCAGAUUCAGUACCAACAGGCUAUCCUCGCGCAGCAGCACGCCGCGGCUCAGCGUCCUGGUGGAUUCUACCCUCCGAUGAAUGGUUUUGGGCCAGGAGCACCUCAGAUGAUGGAUCCUUAUGGCAGAGGAAGCCUCAAUGCAUCGCCUAUUGCAGCACCUGGCGCACAUGCAGUACAGAACGGAUACGCUCCCCCAGGAUUCAGCCCUAGCGUGGGAAUGGGCGGCUACCAGUAUCCUGUAGGCUACUAUCCUCCACAACAAGGGCAGGUUGGUGGUGGUGGGCAGCGCAGAGGACGCGCUCUUGUCAAGCGCUGGCUGUUUGAUAAGAUAGAUUAA